CAGCCCUACUGCUCUGCAGGGAGUGGGGUCCUUUCAGCCAUGAAACCUGUGUUGAACCUCUACCUCUUAGGCAUGGUGCUCACCCUGCUCUCCAUCUUCGUUAGACUGAUGGAGUCCCUGGAGGGCUUACUGGAGAGCCCAUUGCCUGGAAACUCCUGGGUCACCAGAAACCAGCUAGCCAACACAGAGUCUCCCAAGAGCCUUCCAGACCAUCCAUCCAGGGGAAUGCAAUAAGACCACCUUCUGUGCUGGCCUAACCAUGUUCAGA